AAAUAUAUAUAUAUAUAUACACACACACACACACUAUUCGAAGCCAUGCACAUCAACCGCUCUUCUCAAUUUGAGUUUCAUAGCUAUAGUGGUUAAAAGUUUCUAUCUCGUUUCUUGAAGCAGACAUAGAAAUUUGCUUUAGGAUGAGUUGUUUUAGGAUUUGCUUGACGGCUCUCCGGCGGUGCACGUUUAGUGGAUGCAAGAGCUUUCGAAAGAAGAGAAGAAGGUCUUCCAACUUGGAUGCACCGGCGACUGCUGCAUCGUCUUUUGCGGCCAUGGAAGUGUCAAAUCAGUUCAAGCAAGUGUUUGAGGUGAUGGACGCGAACGGGGACGGGAAGAUUUCUCCGGUGGAGCUCAGUGAAGUUCUCUGCUGCCUCGGGUACAAGAACAAGUCGGCGGCUGCGAAAGAAGCCGAAGGGAUGGUGAGAGAGAUGGACUGCAAUGGAGACGGGUUCAUUGACUUGGAUGAGUUCAUGACUGCUGUGAGUGCUAACGAUACAAAGCGUAGUGGUAACGAUGGGGGUGAUGAUCUCAUGGAUGCUUUUCUUAUAUUUGAUACUGAUAAGAAUGGGAAGAUUUCCGCCAAGGAGUUGAGGAGGGUGCUGGUCAGCCUUGGAUGUGAGAGAAUCAGUCUCAAAGAGUGUAAGCAAAUGAUCAAAGGGGUUGAUAGGAAUGGGGAUGGGGUUGUGGAUUUUGAAGAAUUUAGGUUGAUGAUGACCAGAAAUGUGUAA